UAAUUCCUAACCCCCGAAAAAAGGCAUUGCAAAACCUCGUUGUUUCCGCAGUGUAAGCAGAAAGCCUAUAACGAUAGACACUAACGUCAAACCCCACCUCCAACUUCUCUUCCCAUUGUUCUCUCCGCCUCCAAAACACACACAACAACAUCAAACAACUCUUAUCUCUCCAUUCUAAUUUCUACACCGCCAUGUCACUCUCACGCACCCUCCACCACCUUCAUCACUUCACUCCCACACCCCCCACCUUCCACCACAACACCUCCCCCCUCCCCCCUCCCAAACUCUCCUUUCCCCCUCGCCGCUUCCCCACCAUUCGCGCCUCGUCAACUUCCCAAAUUACAUUCUCCGACAACAACGGAGCUGGACUCGGAUUACCGUCCGAUCUAGGCUCCAUCGAAGUCGACGCAGUAACUGAAACGGAAUUAAUAGAGAAUGGUUUCCGUAGCACGAGGAGAACGAAGCUUGUUUGCACUGUGGGACCCUCCACGUGCGGGUUUGAACAGCUUGAAGCUCUUGCUGUUGGAGGAAUGAACGUUGCUAGAAUUAACAUGUGUCAUGGUACAAGAGAGUGGCAUAAAACCGUUAUUGAUCGUGUUCGUAAACUUAAUCAACAGAAGGGAUUUGCUGUUGCGAUUAUGAUGGAUACUGAAGGAAGUGAGAUUCAUAUGGGUGAUCUUGCUGGUGCUUCUUCUGCCAAAGCUGAAGAUGGCGAGAUCUGGACUUUCAGUGUUAGGGCUUUUGAUUCUACUCUUCCACCUCCACAACGUACCAUCAAUGUAAAUUAUGAUGGUUUCGCUGAAGAUGUGAAAGUUGGGGAUGAACUUUUGGUGGAUGGAGGAAUGGUUAGGUUUGAGGUCAUUGAAAAGAUAGGUCCAGAUGUCAAGUGUCUUUGUACGGAUCCUGGCUUGUUGCUUCCUAGAGCAAAUCUCACUUUCUGGAGGAAUGGUAGUUUAGUUCGAGAAAGGAAUGCCAUGCUCCCCACAAUCUCUUCAAAGGAUUGGUUAGAUAUUGAUUUUGGCAUUGCUGAGGGUGUUGAUUUUAUUGCUAUUUCAUUUGUCAAAUCUGCUGAAGUUAUUACUCAUCUUAAAAGCUACAUUGCUGCACGAUCUCGUGAUAGUGAUAUUUCCGUCAUUGCAAAGAUAGAGAGUAUUGAUUCACUGAAGAACUUAGAGGAGAUCAUUCAAGCAUCUGAUGGAGCUAUGGUGGCACGAGGAGACUUGGGAGCUCAGAUCCCUUUGGAACAGGUUCCAGCUGCUCAACAGAGGAUUGUUCAAGUUUGCAGGCAAAUGAAUAAACCUGUCAUUGUGGCCUCUCAGCUACUUGAAUCCAUGAUUGAGUAUCCUACACCUACAAGAGCUGAAGUAGCAGAUGUUUCUGAAGCAGUCAGGCAACGUGCUGAUGCUUUGAUGCUUUCUGGUGAAUCAGCAAUGGGCCAGUUCCCUGAGAAGGCCUUAACUGUAUUAAGGAGUGUCAGUUUGAGAAUUGAGAGAUGGUCGAGGGAAGAGAAACGCUACGAAGCUAUGCAACUCCCUUCAGUUGGGAGUUAUUUUUCAGAAAAAAUUUCUGAAGAAAUCUGUAAUUCAGCUGCAAAGAUGGCCAAUCAUUUAGAGGUGGAUGCACUUUUUGUUUACACAAAGACAGGACACAUGGCAUCUCUAUUGUCGCGUUGCCGUCCUGACUGUCCAAUUUUUGCUUUUACUACCACUCCAUCUGUGCGUAGACGGCUGAACCUCCAAUGGGGCUUGAUACCUUUCCGUCUGAGCUUCUCUGAUGAUAUGGAGAGCAAUCUCAAUAAAACCUUCUCAUUACUCAAGGCCAGAAAUCUGAUCAAAUCUGGUGACCUUGUCAUUGCUGUCUCAGAUAUGUUUCAGUCAAUACAAGUUAUGAAUGUUCCUUAAGAACAUGUUCCAAAGGGUUCCAAAUUGUGUAAUCUAUUUGACGUUUGUUCUAAACUUGAGAGGUUGCUCGAGUGCAAAAAAGGAGAAGAGAGACCACAUGAAUGAACCGUGGUCGUCAUUUUUUAAAUCUAAAUGAUGCAACUUGAGUUUGGGAUAGUUUAUGUUUAUGCUAAUGGAGUACUUAUUGUAUAAUUUGUAGUGAGUGAAUAGACCUUCGAACUCUUUAUACAAUAGUGAAACAAUAUAGUGCUGUAUUCACCCCUUUUAAGUUGUAAGGCACAUCUGCAAUUUCUGUUAGUUUGUAUCAUUGUAUUAAGCUUUCAAGCCUUGUUGAAUUAAAUGUGAAGUUUCAAUAAGAUUCCGCGUUAGUUACUUCCUA